AUGGCCACCAUGGAGAAACUGAUGAAGGCCUUCGAGUCUCUCCGCUCCUUUCAGCAGCAGCAGGGGCCGGCUGCCAUCCUCGAGGAGCCGCUCCAGAGAGCAAAGAAAGAACUUUCAACUACCAAGAAAGAUCGAGUGAAUCACUGCCUGACAAUAUGUGAAAACAUAGUUGCUCAGUCUCUAAGGAAUUCUCCAGAAUUUCAGAAACUGCUGGGUAUUGCUAUGGAACUCUUUCUUCUCUGCAGUGAUGAUGCAGAGUCUGAUGUCAGGAUGGUUGCUGACGAAUGUCUCAAUAAAGUUAUAAAAGCUUUGAUGGAUUCCAACCUUCCUAGGUUACAGUUAGAACUCUAUAAAGAAAUUAAAAAGAAUGGUGCUUCUCGAAGCCUACGUGCUGCAGUUUGGAGGUUUGCUGAGCUUGCCCAUCUGGUUCGACCUCAGAAGUGCAGGCCAUACUUAGUCAACCUAUUGCCCUGUCUAACACGAAUAAGUAAGCGACCUGAAGAAUCGGUACAAGAGACACUGGCUGCAGCAAUACCAAAAAUCAUGGCAGCAUUUGGCAACUUUGCAAAUGACAAUGAAAUCAAGGUUUUAUUGAAGGCUUUCAUUGCUAAUCUUAAAUCCAGUUCUCCUACCAUCCGUCGAACAGCAGCUGGAUCAGCAGUGAGCAUCUGUCAACACUCACGAAGAACACAAUAUUUUUAUUCCUGGUUACUGAAUGUGCUUUUAGGUUUGUUGGUUCCUGUGGAAGAUGAACAUCCUACUCUUUUAAUUCUUGGAGUACUGCUCACACUAAGGUAUCUAAUACCAUUACUGCAGCAGCAAGUAAAGGAUACCAGUCUGAAAGGCAGUUUUGGUGUAACACGAAAAGAAACAGAGAUUUCACCUUCUCCAGAUCAGCUUAUACAGGUCUAUGAAUUGACUUUGCAUUACACUCAGCACCAGGACCACAAUGUUGUGACUGGAGCUUUAGAACUAUUACAACAACUUUUUAGAACACCACCGCCUGAUCUUCUUCAUGCCCUGACCACUUCAGGAGGCAUUACACAGGUCAGUGUAUCCAAAGACGAGUCUAUCAGCAGAAGCCGCAGUGGAAGCAUAGUGGAGCUUAUAGCUAGAGGGGGGUCUUCAUGCAGCCCUUGUCUGUCAAGAAAACUAAAAGGUAAAGUACUUUUAGGAGAAGAAGAAGGCUUGGAGGAUGACCCUGAAACACGGUCAGAAGUCAGCACUGCAACUUUUGCAGCCUCUAUGAAGAGUGAGAUAACCAGUGAAUUAGCUUCUUCAUCAGGAGUAUCAACAGCUGGAUCAAUAGUAAGUUCUGCAGCUGAUCCCACAGGACAUGACAUCAUCACUGAGCAGCCACGUUCACAACAUACUUUGCAAUCAGACUCUGUAGACCUGACCAGUUGUGAUUUGGCCAGCACAACUACUGAAGGGGAAGAGGAUGACAUGCUUAGUCGGAGCUCCAGCCAGAUCAGCACUGUCCAGUCAGACCCCACUAUGGACUUGAAUGAUGGCACGCAGGCUUCUUCACCAGUUAGUGAUAGCUCUCAGACUACCACAGAAGGUCCAGAUUCAGCUGUGACCCCUUCGGACAGUUCUGAAAUUGUAAGUGUGCAACGGGCAGAGCGGGUAUCCCAGUCUUCUACUGAGGGGCCCGACAUAUCUCAGAGCUCCUCCAUGGAGGGCCCAGACUUGGACACAUCUACUUAUUCAUCUUCUACUUUCCCGUCCUCCGCUAGUAACACUGAAAAGGUGCUAGAGGGUACUGAAAGCCAGUAUUCUGGAAUGCAGAUUGGACAGCUGCAAGAUGAGGAAGAUGAAACUGCAAAUGUUCUCCAUGAUGAAUCCUCAGAUCCUUUCAGAAAUUCUUCCCUUGCCCUUCAGCAACCACACUUAUUGAAAAACAUGGGCCAUAGCAGGCAGCCUUCUGACAGCAGUGUAGAUAGAUUCAUGGCAAAAGAAGAAGCAGUAGAAUCUGUUGAUCAUGAGAUUAAGCCUUCCAGAAUAAAGGGAGAUAUAGGUCACUACACAGAUGGAAAUUCUGCUCCUCUGGUUCACUGUGUUCGUCUCCUAUCUGCUUCUUUUCUGCUUACUGGGGAGAAAGGUGCUUUAGUUCCUGAUAGGGAUGUGAGGGUCAGUGUAAAAGCAUUGGCAGUAAGUUGUGUUGGAGCAGCUGUUGCCCUUCAUCCUGAAUCUUUCUUCAGCAAACUGUAUAAGACACCUCUUGAAACCAUGGGAGAAGAAUAUGAAGAGCAGUAUGUAUCGGAUGUUUUGAACUAUAUUGAUCAUGGAGAUCCCCAGAUUAGAGGAGCUACUGCCAUUCUUUGUGGAACCAUUGUCUACUCCAUUCUCAAUAAAUCACGUUUUGAUGUGGAAAACUGGCUAGCAAAUGUCAGAAGUUCAACAGGAAAUCUCUUUUCUCUGGUAGACUGUAUACCUCUCUUACAGAAAACUCUGAAAGAUGAAUCCUCCGUUACAUGCAAACUGGCUUGCGCAGCUGUGAGGCAUUGCAUCAUGAGCUUGUGCAGUAGCAGUUAUAGUGAACUAGGUUUACAGUUAAUCAUCGACCUCCUUACUCUGAAGAAUAGUUCUUAUUGGCUAGUAAGGACAGAGCUUCUGGAAACUCUUGCUGAGAUAGAUUUCCGGUUAGUUAGCUUUUUGGAAGGAAAAGCAGACAAUUUGCACAGAGGUGUUCAUCAUUAUACUGGGCUAUUAAAACUUCAGGACAGAGUACUCAACAAUGUUGUAAUCUACCUUCUUGGUGAUGAAGACCCCAGAGUGAGACACAUAGCUGCAGCUUCUUUGAUGAGGCUUGUACCAAAGCUGUUUUAUAAUUGUGACCAAGGACAGGCUGAUCCAGUAGUGGCUGUGGCAAGAGACCAAAGCAGUGUCUACUUGAAACUCCUAAUGCAUGAGACUCAGCCUCCAUCUCACUUUGCAGUGAGCACUAUCACCAGAACAUACAGGGGUUACAACAUGGUGCAAAGUCCAACAGAUGUCACUAUGGAAAACAACCUUUCUAGGGUUAUCUCAGCCGUUUCCCAGGCAUUGACAACAUCAACUACAAGAGCACUUACGUUUGGCUGCUGUGAAGCUUUGUGUCUUCUCUCCACAACGUUUCCAGUCUGCACAUGGACUGUAGGAUGGCACUGUGGGUAUGUUUCUUCAUCCAGUAUACAAGCUUCUAGAAUUCAUGUUUACAAAAACAGAGGACACUCAUUCAGUGCUUCCCAGCUGAGUCCUUCGGAGGAAUCUCGGAAGAGCUGUACCAUUGGAAUGGCUGGAAUGGUUUUGUCCCUUCUUUCAACGGCCUGGUUCCCACUGGAUCUUUCUGCACAUCAAGAUGCUUUGAUUUUGGCUGGAAACUUGCUUGCAGCAAGUGCCCCCAAAUCUUUGAAAACCCCCUGGACUACUGAAGAAGAUAUGAAUCCAGGUGCUGCUAAACAAGAGGAGCCAUGGCCAGCUUUGGCUGACCGAACUCUUGUUACUUUGGUAGAACAACUCUUUUCUCAUUUGCUGAAAACCAUUAAUAUUUGUGCUCAUGUGGUGGAUGAUGUUGCUCCUGGCCCAGCAAUAAAGGCAACAUUACCUUCUCUCUCAAACCCACCUUCUCUAAGUCCAAUUCGUCGGAAAGGGAAAGAGAGAGAACCUGUGGAACAAACAUCUGUACCAAUGAGCCCUAAAAAGGGUAGUGAAACUAAUCCAGCUACUAGGCAAACCGAUACUUCAGGGCCUGCUCCAACAAACAAAUCAUCGUCACUGGGCAGUUUUUAUCAUCUUCCAUCGUAUCUCAAGUUAUAUGAUGUCUUGAAAGCUACCCAUGCCAACUAUAAGGUUACAUUGGAUCUUCAGAACAACAUCGAAAAAUUUGGAGGUUUCCUGCGAUCUGCCCUGGAUGUCCUCUCUCAAAUUUUGGAACUUGCAACUCUUCAAGACAUUGGAAAGUGCGUUGAAGAGAUUUUGGGGUAUCUGAAAUCCUGUUUCAACAGAGAACCAAUGAUGGCAACAGUUUGUGUACAGCAGUUGCUGAAGACUUUAUUUGGAACGAACUUGGCAUCUCAAUAUGAUGGCUUAUCUUCAAACCCCAGCAAAUCUCAAGGCAAAGCCCAGCGUUUAGGCUCUUCUAAUUUGAGGCCUGGUCUUUAUCAUUACUGCUUCAUGGCCCCUUAUACACACUUUACACAGGCACUUGCUGAUGCGAGUCUAAGGAACAUGGUACAGACAGAGCAGGAACAUGAUGCUUCAGGAUGGUUUGAUGUGCCGCAGAAAGUUUCUACGCAACUGAAAACUAGCCUUACAAAUGUAACAAAACAUCGUGCCGACAAGAAUGCUAUUCACAAUCACAUUCGCUUGUUUGAACCCCUUGUUAUAAAAGCUUUAAAGCAAUAUACUACAACGACGUCGGUACAACUACAGAGGCAGGUUUUAGAUCUACUAGCACAGCUGGUUCAACUACGGGUUAACUACUGUCUUCUAGAUUCGGAUCAGGUGUUUAUUGGAUUUGUGCUAAAGCAGUUUGAAUACAUUGAAGUGGGACAGUUCAGGGAAUCCGAGGCAAUUAUCCCUAAUAUCUUUUUCUUCUUGGUAUUAUUGUCUUAUGAGCGAUAUCACUCCAAACAGAUAAUUGGAAUUCCUAAGAUUAUUCAGCUGUGUGAUGGUAUCAUGGCCAGUGGAAGGAAAGCUGUUACACAUGCUAUUCCAGCUCUUCAACCCAUUGUCCAUGAUCUCUUUGUAUUACGAGGAACAAAUAAAGCUGAUGCUGGAAAAGAACUGGAAACCCAAAAAGAGGUGGUGGUGUCAAUGCUACUAAGACUUAUCCAGUAUCAUCAGGUGCUGGAGAUGUUCAUCCUAGUACUGCAACAGUGCCACAAAGAGAAUGAAGACAAAUGGAAAAGAUUGUCCCGACAGAUAGCAGAUAUAAUUCUCCCAAUGUUAGCAAAACAACAGAUGCAUAUAGAUUCCCAUGAAGCUCUGGGAGUAUUGAACACUUUAUUUGAAAUUUUGGCUCCCUCAUCCCUCCGUCCCGUGGACAUGCUUUUAAGAAGUAUGUUUGUUACUCCCUGUACAAUGGCAUCAGUGAGCACUGUUCAGUUAUGGAUAUCUGGUAUCCUUGCUAUCCUUAGAGUUCUGAUUUCACAAUCAACAGAGGAUAUAGUUCUAUCUCGUAUUCAAGAGCUUUCUUUCUCCCCUUACUUAUUGUCAUGUCAAACAAUUAAUAGGCUAAGGGAUGGGGAGAAUAAUGUACCCACACCUGAAGAACAAAUUGAGCUGAAACAGGCUAAAUAUCUGCCUGAAGAGACAUUUUCUAGGUUCUUGUUACAAUUAGUGGGCAUUCUAUUGGAAGACAUUGCUACAAAACAGUUGAAAGUGGACAUGAAUGAACAGCAGCACACUUUCUAUUGCCAAGAGUUGGGCACAUUGCUUAUGUGUUUAAUACAUAUCUUCAAAUCAGGGAUGUUCAGAAGAAUCACAGCUGCUGCCAGCAGGCUUUUUACAGGAGAUGGAUCUGAUGGUAGUUUUUAUACCCUUGAGAGUCUGAGCGGUCUUGUUCAGUUCAUGAUUCCCACACACCCUUCUUUAGUGCUCCUCUGGUGUCAAAUCCUCCUUCUUGUCAAUUACACUAACUACAGCUGGUGGUCAGAGGUGCAUCAAACACCAAAGCGGCACAGUCUUUCCAGUACUAAAUUGCUGAGCCCUCAGAUAUCUGGAGACAGUGAUGAAUUUGAUUCAGAAUCCAAAUUUGGCAUGUGCAAUCGAGAGAUAGUACGAAGAGGAGCACUCAUUCUUUUUUGUGACUAUGUUUGUCAAAACCUACAUGAUUCAGAACACUUGACAUGGCUUAUAGUGAAUCAUGUUCAAGAUCUGAUUAAUCUGUCUCAUGAGCCUCCUGUACAAGACUUUAUUAGUGCUGUUCAUAGGAAUUCAGCAGCCAGUGGUCUCUUCAUCCAGGCUAUUCAGUCUCGGUGUGAGAACCUCGCAACUCCAACAACACUAAAGAAGACCCUGCAAUGCUUAGAGGGCAUUCAUCUCAGCCAGUCUGGUGCCGUGUUAAUGUUGUAUGUGGACAAGCUUUUGUGUACUCCAUUCCGUGUGCUGGCUCGUAUGGUUGACACACUUGCUUGUCGUCGAGUAGAAAUGCUUUUGGCUGCAACUUUCCAGAACAGCGUUUCUCAGUUACCAGUUGAAGAACUGGAUAGAAUUCAGGAAUAUCUUCAAAACAGUGGAUUAGCACCAAGACACCAAAGACUUUACUCGCUAUUGGACAGGUUUCGCCUUACAGUAGCACCAGAAACAACUAGCCCUUCACCUUUGGUUACUUCACACCCACUGGAUGGGGAAAACCAACCAGCCUUAGAGAAUGUAAUUCCAGACAAAGACUGGUAUGUAUCACUAGUCAGAUCACAGUGCUGGGUCAGGUCAGACUCUGCACUGCUGGAAGGUGCAGAGCUGGUGAAUAGGAUACCUCAGCCUGAACUAAACUCCUUCAUGACCAGUAAGGAGUUCAACUUAAGCUUGUUAGCUCCCUGUUUAAGUCUUGGCAUGAACGGAAUCUCAGAAGACCAAAAGAGCAGCCUCUUUGAAACUGCCCGUAGGGUAACCCUAGACCAUGUGUGUAACAUAGUUCAAAAACUUCCUGCCAGCCAUCAAGUUUUUCAGCCAUUGCAGCCAGUUGAGACUUCAGCCUAUUGGAGCAAGCUAAGCGAUAUUUUUGGAGACACAAUGCUGUACCAGACUGUGAUGAAACUCUCUCGUGCACUGGCUCAGUAUUUGUUGUUACUCUCUAAAUUACCAGCAUCUCUCUGUAUUCCACCUGACAAAGAGACUGACAUCCUGAAGUUUGUAGUAAUGUCAUUAGAGGCACUGUCGUGGCAUUUAAUACAUGAACAUAUUCCACUAAGUAUAGAUCUUCAAGCUGCUUUGGAAUGCUGCUGCCUGACAUUACAGCAACCUGGUCUCUGGAAUUUGCUGGCUUCUGCAGUGUAUGUGACACAGGCUUGCUCCCUAAUUAAUUGUGUCAGAUUUAUAAUAGAGGCAGUUGCAAUUGAACCUGGAAACCAGCUUCUUAGUCCAGAAAGGAAGAAGAAUACUUCAAAAGGGGUCAAUGAGGAUGAAGUUGAUUCAAAUGCUCAAAAAGCGAAAUAUAUUACAACAGCUUGUGAAAUGGUGGCUGAAAUGGUGGAGUGUUUACAGACUGUCUUGGCAUUGGGACAUAAGAGAAACAACAGUAUCCCAGCAUUUCUCACUCCUGUCCUUAAGAACAUAAUCAUCAGCUUGGGUAGACUGCCUCUAGUAAACAGCUACACAAGAGUACCUCCCUUGGUCUGGAAACUAGGCUGGUCACCAAAACCUGCAGGUGAUUUUGGCACAGCUUUUCCAGAAAUUCCUGUCGAAUUUCUUCAAGAAAAAGAAAUCUUUAAAGAGUUCAUCUAUCGCAUUAAUACAUUGGGGUGGACUAGCCGUACCCAGUUUGAAGAGACCUGGGCUACUCUCCUUGGUGUGCUUGUAACUCAACCAAUUGUAAUGGACCAAGAAGAAAAUCAACAAGAGGAAGACACAGAGAGGACCCAAAUUAAUGUUCUUGCAGUACAAGCCAUAACCUCCUUGGUGCUGAGUGCAAUGACAAUACCAGUUGCAGGCAAUCCAGCAAUCAGCUGCUUGGAACAGCAGCCCCGCAAUAAAGCUUUAAAAGUUCUGGAUACAAGGUUUGGGAGGAAGUUAAGUGUUAUCAGAGGAAUUGUGGAACAAGAAAUCCAAGCAAUGAUAUCUAAGAGGGAUAAUAUUGCCACUCACCAUUUUUAUCAAGCAUGGGACCCUGUUCCAUCACUUUCUCCUGCUACCACAGGUGGUCUUAUCAGCCAUGAAAAGCUUUUACUGCAGAUCAAUACUGAGCGAGAAAUGGGAAACAUGGGCUAUAAACUAGGACAGGUUUCUAUACACUCCGUGUGGCUAGGAAAUAACAUCACUCCAUUGAGAGAAGAGGAGUGGGAUGAAGAUGAAGAAGAUGAGAACGAUAUGCCUGCUCCUUCUUCACCACCAACCUCUCCUAUUAACUCCAGGAAACACCGGGCUGGGGUUGAUAUACAUUCUUGUUCUCAGUUCUUGCUUGAACUGUACAGUCAAUGGAUAUUGCCAUCAAAUCCUAGCAAGAGAACACCAGUCAUUCUGAUUAGUGAAGUGGUGCGAUCACUUCUGGCAGUGUCUGACUUGUUUACAGAGAGGAAUCAAUUUGAGAUGAUGUACACCACAUUGACAGAAUUGCGGAAGGUGCAUCCAUCAGAAGAUGAAAUUCUCAUUCAAUAUUUGGUACCAGCCACAUGUAAAGCAGCUGCUGUUCUUGGAAUGGAUAAAGCUGUAGCCGAGCCAGUAAGCCGUCUGUUGGAAUCAACACUACGCAGCACGCAUAUGCCGAGUCGGAUUGGAGCUCUGCAUGGAAUUCUUUACAUCCUUGAGUGUGACCUGCUUGACGAAACAGCAAAGCAGCUCAUUCCAAUUAUCAGCGAGUAUUUGCUUUCCAAUCUGAGAGGGAUAGCCCACUGUGUACAUGUCCAUAACCAACAGCAUAUUUUAGUGAUGUGUGCUGCGGCAUUCUACUUGAUAGAGAAUUACCCACUUGAUGUAGGGCCGGAAUUCUCUGCAGGAAUUAUACAGGUCUGUGGCAUAAUGGUGUCUGGAAGUGAUGAAUCAACUCCAUCCAUUAUUUACCAUUGCGUCCUCAGAGGAUUAGAACGACUCCUUCUUUCAGAGCAACUUUCUAGACUGGAUAGUGAAUCUUUAGUUAAACUAAGUGUUGACAGAGUGAACAUACACAGCCCCCACAGAGCAAUGGCAGCCUUGGGGUUAAUGCUGACUUGCAUGUAUACAGGAAAAGAGAAAAUCAGCCCAAGUCGUGCAACAGAUGCAAAUCCCACAGCUCCAGACAGCGAGUCUGUUAUUGUAGCUAUGGAACGGGUGUCUGUUCUUUUUGAUAGGAUCCGGAAAGGAUUUCCUUUUGAAGCUAGAGUAGUGGCACGGAUUCUCCCUCAGUUCCUAGAUGACUUUUUCCCUCCACAGGAUGUAAUGAACAAAGUUAUUGGAGAAUUUUUAUCCAACCAGCAGCCAUACCCACAAUUCAUGGCCACAGUAGUUUAUAAGGUUUUUCAGACACUACAUACCACUGGACAGUCACCAAUGGUCCGUGAUUGGGUGAUGCUCUCUCUCUCCAACUUCACACAGAGAACGCCUGUUGCAAUGGCAAUGUGGAGUCUUUCCUGUUUUUUUGUCAGUGCUUCCACCACUCAGUGGGUUUCAGCAAUUCUUCCACAUAUUAUCAGCAGAAUGGGAAAAUCGGAGCAAGUGGACAUUAACCUCUUCUGUUUGGUGGCCAUAGACUUUUACAGACACCAGAUAGAUGAGGAACUAGAUCGAAGGGCCUUCCAGUCUGUGUUUGAGAUGGUGGCAUCGCCAGGAAGCCCAUAUCAUCGCCUACUAACUUGUUUGCAAAAUGUUCACAAGAUCACAGCAUGCUGAACAUCGUGAUGUUGGUUAAUGAAACUCGGUGGCUUGAUUUGGAAUCUGGUAUGAAUGUUUAGAGAAAUAUAAAGAUGCAGAAAGCAGCUGGGAUCUGCAUCUGUCAGUUUUAUACUUCAUGCUUGUUUGCAAGGAGAAGCACUCUGCACCACAGAGAAUCACAUGAAAGGUGUAAUAGGAACAUUCUUAUUAGCAGUGGGUAGCUGUGCUAAAUGGAAAUAUGUAUAUGUUUUAUGUAAUGUUUGGGACUAACUUGAGGCUGAAUUACUAACUGUAAAAUAUAUGGGCAAAUACUUUAUGCAGGAAAGCCAGGUAUUACUCUUCUUCCUGAUGUUCAACUUAAGUCACCGUGUUGCAUCUGGUAUCGAAACUCUGACAGAAAUACUCUCUCAGUGCAAGUUUGCAGUCAUUACAAAUCUUUAUAGUUUAUGUACAUAUAUAUAUAUAUAUAUAUAUAUAUAUACACACACACACUGUGAGGUAGUAUAGAUCAGAAAUUGUUUCCUAAUGUCUCUCCCAAACAAAGAAAUGAGAAACCAGUUUUCAGGAGUAACACUUCCAGCAUGCAAUUCUUCUCUCUCUGGACUUUUUAAUUGACUGUGGUGUAUGUGUUGGUGGCAUGGGACAUGUAGUGCACAUACAUAACCACACUUUUCUUUUUUUCUUCUCAGGAUUUAAAAUUUGAGUACAAUAUAUCAGUAAAAGAAAUUUUAACUUAAAUAUUUCUAUAUCAUGUAAAGUAUGUAAAAUUGUAAAAUGUGUGGUGCAUGAGAUGUGCUGUAAUUUGAAAUGAACAAAAAGCCACUCUACUGACUGUCUUGACAUCUGUAUUGUCCUCAUUUUCUCAUCGUGUGCUCAAGUUCAUGUUCAUUUUUUAAAUCCAUCUUAAUGUACAGGUUACAUUUUAUGUUCUAUAUUUCAUAUUUUGGUAGGUUAACACUUUAAAAACUGGAAUAUAUAGGCUAGAUUGUGUUGAUGCUAUGUUAAGAAGGCAUUUUUGUGAUCCAUUUGACUGUAGCUUGUUUUGAGUUUCUUUAUUUUGAGAUGUAAAGGAGCGGGGACUAGAUAUCCUAGAUUAGCACUUUGUAUACUCAGCUACUCUCACCUGCUACAGAGGCGUUGGGUUUUUUUGAUUGUUUUUGGUUUUGUUGUUUUGUUUUGUUUUUUAGAGAGAGAAAAAUGAUGCAAGUUCCCAGUAGCCAAUAAGUAUCUGGCUUUUUCAUUGAUACUAAUGGAAACCAUGGAGUCAUUUGGAUAUAAACCACUCACUUUACUCUAAGCAAAUUUAUGCUGACAGUUAAGAAUCAGAAUUCUAAUGUGGUCUACUUUGGGGCUGGCUAAAGUGUUAAAUUAUACAGCCACUUUUAUUAGUUGUCUACAACAUUAUGUUUAUACACAAACACAGCAUAAGCAUCCACAAAUUCCAAAAUUCUCCAAUUCUACACAGGGCCAGAUUCUGCUUACGCCUCAUGCAAGCCUUUGAUUUUAGUUGGUUGCAUGUGGGGAAAUCUAGGGCAGUAUUUUUCUGAUAACUGUAUCUGAUAUAAUUCUUCAAUAUAGAAAAGCAAUGCCUUGGUUCUGAGCUACAUUGCUAUAUUUAACCUCAUUACAUUUUCUCAUUAACACCUGUUGGUAACACUCAGAAUAUCUAAAUAGUGUUAUCAAGAGGAGCAUAUACUGUAUGUAUUUGUGUAUAUAAUGUAUAUGUAAUUAUACACAUGUGACUACAUUUACUGUAUACAAAUGUGUAUAUUUGUAUUUAUUAAACCCAUGGAUUUAAACUAAUUCCAAUUCUUAGACCAAAAAUGGUUGCUUUUGCCCAUAACUUGAUUAUAAAGGAAUUGCCCAAUGAUGUCACUUCCUCUUAUGAUAGGUACGAAACUGAUGAUAUGGGCAGCAGAAAUAACUGUAGACUUUGCAUUAUCUAGCUGUUCGACAGAGUUUAUUAUCUAGAGAGUUAUUUCUGCCCUCUGAGUUGGCGGCUGCUUCUUUCUUGGGCCACAGCACUGUGGUGACUUUUUUUAAAAAGAAACUGAUGUUCAGAAAGGGUUUAAAAAAAUAGAUAUUAUUAAAGGUUUUGGUUAAACUGGAAAUUUUACAGUUCUGAUAAGAGACCACUUGCCAGGGAAGUGAGCUAUAAUGCCCUCAGAUUGCAAUUAAGGGUAAUAUAGAUCACUAGUCCCUUUUGUAACCCCCCAUAAUAGUUUUCUACUAUAAACCCACAAACCAGUCAGUUUUUGUAUGAUAUAUUGUAAGUGAAGAUAUUUUUAUAAGCUAUUUUCCAAAAUUUAAAAUAGAUUUUAAUAUAUUUUUGAAGCAUUUGGUAGUCACAUCUUAACCAUAGAUCACUAUACUUUCUGUUUCACGAACAGAUAAAUCUUACAUAUUUUUAACCUCAUAAUAACCACCGCAUGGUUGGUCAGUAUGCCUCCAGAUGAUGGCAGCUGGCCAUCCCAACUUCUGAAGUUUUCCAAACAAAUCAGCUGAGACUUGCCAUAGAAACUUUUCCAGCCAAUAAAAAGAGCAUAUUAAGCUAAGGAGUCAACAUGUGACAGAAAUGGAUUUCUAUUCAACAUGUGAUAAAUUCCUCUUGUCAGUACUAUUGUUGGCAUUUGAUAGGAUGUUCAGGUUUCCCACUUCAGACCGUCACAUAAAGCGAUGCAGCCAGGUCUUACUUCAGAUAAAUUCAAGGAUAAUCAGAAUAGUUGUGUGUGUCGGUCUUAUCUCCAUGAAAAUUUGUCAUACAUAGAAAACAGGUUUGCUGUCUGUAGAUCUUCAAUAUCUCUAGAUUUUUCUUCCCCAGAAUAAUUAACUGAAUACAAAUACACAUUCAUUUUCAGAUGUAUGAAUGUCUUGAAGGGGACAUGGCUUGUUAUUCUCCAUAGUUUGUAAUUACACAUUUAUAAGGCUAAAAUUUAACAUUUCUUUCCUUUGAUGUACAUUUUUGUCCUUUGUUUCUUUUAGGAUGAAAAUUAUCAUUUUUGUAUUUGUAAAAAUAACUACUAAUAUCUACACAAUUCUGGUAACACCCAUCAAUAGUUACGUUGUGCUUUAUGGUUUAAUUUCUGCCUCUUACAGCAGAACAGAAUAUCACAUGGUCAUGUUUUCUGUGUCUAUUUAAAAAAAAUCUUAAGGUUAGAUUUUUUUUAAAUUACCAUCUGUAAGACGUUACUCCAGUUUAUGAUUUUUUUAUAUUUGAUCAAGAUUAGCUGUUUCCCUUUUUAAUAUGCUACCAGUAGCAUAAAAACAGAUCCAUGCUUGACAUCAAAUUGGUUUUGGAAAUUUAAACUGAGAUUUUCACUGAGACCCGAGGUAUAAAUAGUUAGAUGUAUAUCCGGUGUCCCAAAUAACUAAAAUAAGCAAUAUUUAACAUAUUCUAUAUACAUAUAAUGUGAAUUGAUAAAUCAAAUUUUUCAUUUAGAGGGUAUUGAAAUAGUUUGUAGCAUAGUUAAGAAAACACAUCUGUGAACAAGCAAAUUGAUAACUUAUUGAAAUCUGAAUGAGGUUUAACCUAGAGGACCUGCUUUUUUUCAUAAAGUGCUGCCUCUUUUGAGACUCUUACUUGCCUCUGAAUUUUUAAAAAGUAUCAGGCAGAUAUCACUUGAUCAGUAAAGUUUGGCUAAAGUAACUUCCUUCCUUUUCAGUGAAGUUUUAUUUUAUUCCUUUCAACAGAGGAGACAUUUGAAAUACCUUAUACUUGAUACUAAAACAAGUUGAAUUAAUGCAAAUAAUUUCUAUUUGCAAUUGAAGACUGUCAAUUGAGGUUUUAUUAAAGUUCCUUCUUUUUAGUCCUUUGUGCCCACUUUUGGGAUGUCUCCCUCACUCAAAAAAAUAAAUACAAACACCCGGUACUCAUUAAUUCUACAUUAUAUUACUUCCCAUUGCAGAAAAUCCCUUCUCAGCCUGAAAGGAUAAAAUCUGAGACUCACUAAUUGACAUGAACAUUGAUUAAAACUGUGAAUACCUAAUGAGCAGCUUUCAGUAAAACUUGAAAAAGAAUGGUCAACCUUCAGGUUAAAAGUGAAUUCCAAUCUAGUAUUUCUUAAUUCUAUUUUAAGAACAUUUCAUCAUGUCAUUCUCUUUUAAAUUACAGUUGGCUUUGUAUAGCAAAUAAGGAGGUUGUGUCAAAAACACUGCAAAGGCACUCCUCCAAGAGCAGUCUUCAAGGGCAGACUCUAAGUCUUCAUAUGGUAUUUCAGAGCUGUCAUGACUAAACACUAUCCAUGUAUCAUGCCUCCUGAAUGCAAGAAACAUUCAGGUGUAAUGAGCAAUAAAUAUAGCAAUAAGCAGUCUAAAGAGAUGGUUAGUCAUUCAGGGUUUUACACAUUGGUUCUUUGUGGGGGCAACUGAGUUACUGUGUUAAAUAAGGUUUUGUUUUCUUAUAAAGACCCCAAGAAUACUAUGCACUAAAACCAGGAACCAACUGAGAAUAACCAAGGAUAUAUUUUUAAACUGGCACCAGUAUGUAACAGUAAAAAGAAGGCAAUUUUUAAGGUUAUAAAACAGCAAAGAAAGUAUUUAAUUCCUUUAUUCUAAAUAAAAAGUUAUCUGUAGUAAAACUGAGAAUCUGAGAUGCCUACCUACUGUUAGGAUAAACACUGCACCAAAGAAUCUGGAAAGGGUGCUGAAGUCCAGUGUGCUAAUUUACCUCAUUUUGAGAAUUCAGAUGGAAAUGUUUGUGCCUGUUACCUUAAAGUAUCCAUUAAAUAACUUCAAAAAAACUACUAACAUUCCUACCCGGAGAGCUUCUAUGGUAUGUCAAGUUAUUAAAGUUAGCUGGACAUGAAUGCUGUGGAAACACAGUUUAGGGAUGCGUGUACCGCUUUGUCACAUGCAUGUUAUGUGUGGACUUGUCAUCAUUCACAUCAGUCUUUGUCUACACAUAAUGUCAAAUUAGACCAGGCUGACAAAGGAAGGAUAAGGUAAUCGGCAUACCAUACAGUCCUAUGAUGUUGUCUCAUAUGGUUUAAGGGCUAUGAUGAGCAAGGCUUGGAGCCCCAACACCAACAGUAGCUGUAUUCAGAGUAAAAGGAAGGAAUAUAAUUUUAGAUGUAUGUUUAAAUUUAAAGACGUUUGCUGAAAAUAUUGCACAUUAAAAUUAGAGAAAAUAAAUUACACAUUGUUGCUGUA